UUUUAUUACAAAAAAGUUGGUGUAUAAAUUAUAGCACCACUGAGCUAUUGGAUCUUCCUCAGUGGAGCUUUUGCCCACCAACCCAAAGAUACACUCUUUAAUACAUUAGAUUUUCUCACCUCUUUCCCUCUCCCAAUUCAAGAAUAUACACAAGAAUCCCUCCAAAUUUUUUAUUUUUUUUUCCUUUUUUUAUAAAAAAAAAGAGAAAAGAUGUUUGCAGCUGAGAAUGGUUUGAAGGGUGAUCCAAGAUUGAAGGCUAUUUCUGAUGCCAUUACUGUUGUUCCUCACUUCCCUAAACCAGGGAUUAUGUUUCAAGACAUUACAACGCUUGUCUCAAAUCACAAGGUCUUCAAGCACACUGUCGAAAUCUUUGUUGAUAGAUACCGAGACAUGGAUAUCUCUGUUGUUGCUGGAGUUGAAGCAAGAGGGUUUAUGUUUGCUCCUUCGAUAGCAUUAGGAAUUGGGGCCAAAUUCAUUCCUCUGCGUAAACCAGGAAAGCUUCCAGGUGAAGUUAUUUCUGAAGCUUAUGAGCUCGAAUAUGGAAAAGAUCGUCUGGAAAUGCACGUCGGUGCAGUUGAACCAGGCGAGCGAGCAUUAGUCAUCGAUGAUCUAGUGGCCACGGGAGGGACUCUUUCUGCAGCCAUAAGGCUUCUAGAACGCAACGGUGCUGAAGUUGUAGAGUGUGCAUGUGUUAUUGGAUUACCAGAGCUUAAGGAAAGGCGAUUUCUGAAUGGCAAGCCACUAUACGUCUUGGUGGAACCUCGUGAAUUAUAGAAAUCUGAUUCUUGGUUAUAGAAGAGAGCUGGUGGAGGGGAUGGAAAGAAAAUGUUGAUCGAAGCAGAGGCGCAGCGCUGUCUGAGUCGGGUUAUCAUUGAGGGGAAUAAAGGCCACAGUGCAUUGUGAAGAGUGUUUCUGCGACCAGGAUCUCGCCCCAUCCAACUCAGGUUAGCUAUCAGGAAUCUCAACAGCUCGUCUGUGGAAGUUUCGUUUUCAUAGUGUUUGAAUUCUCCGUGUAACCAUUGUAUGUUAAAUGUUCCAUUACAUCCAUGAGUUUGGUGAAUAAAAUCAUUAGUAGUUUCUCUUC